GUCAACUCGGGCCGCAUACCACGGUGGCGCGUCUUUCUCGAACGUGGCCAGUAAAACACGUAAUUGCUUUCAAUUCGAUCCACGCGCACGAUUCAUAUUCUCGUCAUAUUCGUUAUCAGUGUAUUAACGAAAUUUCUUGAAGAGUGCUCUGUGACGUUUGUGUUUAUCGUGCUCGAUAGCUAGUCAGGCAAUCGAUCGAACAAGUAGUCACGAUGCUCAACGAUCUUGAGCGUGGCUUUGAAACGCGAACGAUCGUUCGUAGAUCGGAUCACAGUGGUCGAUAAAAGAGGAAGAUCGUUGAAAUACGCUGUAUGUGGUACAUCAGGUGGUCAGAAAAUAAUCAUGGAGAGUGUCCUCGAAUAACCUUGAAGAUCACGCCUAUGAUCGUUACCUGUACGACCAUCUUAAAACUCGCUCUAGAUAAAAUUAUUCUUUUUCUUUUUCUUCCUCUUCCUCUUUCUCUUUCUUUCGUUAGGUUUACUUACACGAACGAAAGAAACUACGUCUUUCGUGCGAGUCACUCCUCGAAUUAAAUGAUACGUCUACAACGAUCAGUUUCAUCGAUCUCCUUGAUCGAGAUUGUCGAAGAUCGCGGAUAAGAUAUUGGUAUCUAUUUAAUAUUUUAAUCUUUGAUUAUUCCAUCCAAAAGGAACAAGUUCGUGCUCGAUAGUUAUUCGCAAAACCCAAGUGUACCUUUCCCGAUCGAUACCUGUACCUGAACCGUGGGAUACAAUUCGAAACAGGUGGAGGACGGUCGCUAGGAUAAAACUUUUUUUCGUCGUUGUUGUCUUGAGAGAAAGUCGGACCAUUGGGAGUACUUCCAACGACAGAACAACGCCGGAUGUCUAUCUUCGGUAGUAGACCGUUAUCUGAACGAGCAAUCGUUGGGACUCGAUAAGAGUUAAUAACGAUUAAAAAAAAAAAAAAAAAAAAAGAAGAAGAAGAAGAAGAGAAAGAGAAAGAAAAAAAACUUCAUUAUAUCGAGUUCUUUACAAGAGAAACAACAUGGCCUUGGCGAAGAUCAAGAAUUUUAUCGACAACGGCUUGAAAACCGUGUCGACGCCUUUGGAUCGUACCGUCAACUUAGAACCGGAAGUAGGCGUCAGAAUCGUUCAUUCGCCGAAUGAAAAAACUCUCUGCGUAACCGUCAUUGGUGCAAGACAUCUACCACAAAAUUUUGGCUUUACCAGGGUCAACAGUUACGUCGUCAAGGUGAAGCUAAUACCAAGUAAAGAAAAAUUCGAGACAACUUCGAAAAACGAAUCGUGGCCUCAAUGGAACGAGGAAUUCACUUUUCAUUUGCGAAAAGAGACAAAGAUCAAGUUCGGUAAGUCGAAGGUCGUCGAGGAAGAAAUAAAUGGCUCGAAAUUCAUCGUAGUCACGCUCUAUGCCAUUCUCGAAGACAAACCGUUGAUAGCAACGGAAAAGAAAGAAGCUGAUAAGGAGAAAAAUUCGUCACCUGCGAAAGACUCUGCAAAAAAGGGUGGUAAAAAAGGACAGGAGGGAUCAUCGAAUGAUCAUCAGGAUAGCUCUAAGAGUAAGAUAUUUGGUCAGUUUUUUAGUAUAGGACACGAUAAAAAUUCGGAUGGUCAAAUCAGCGAAAGGAAGAUCUUCGACAAAAGAAGAACCGUCGGUGCAACCACGAUAUCUCUCGAUUCGAAAAACUUCACGAUAAAACCACCAAAACCAAAGCACGCCAGUGACGUAUCUACUGGUGACUUGUGGAGACCGCUCAGACCGAUCAGCAGUGGCAUUUCUGUUUCCGAUGAUAAAAAAGAAAAUAAAAAGGGCAAAAUCGAGUUGUCCCUUUGUUUUGAAAAAACAGAUAAAAAGGAUGAUAAUGGUGGACUCCUCGUGUUAUGUCUUCAUCGUUUGAGAUGUUCUCUACAAACGAUGCACGAACACGAAGCAUUGAAGGGACAGAUGUACCUGAAAAUGUCGGUCAUUGAGAGCGGCAGGAUAACACAUUUUUGGAAGAGCGAUCGUUUCGCACCUUGUGUUUCGAUGAAAUUUUCACCUGACAUGGCUAGGGUCGCUGCAGAAAAUCCUUACGAGGGUGCUCUCAAGGAUGUGAGCUUCGUCAUAAAAUACGUCUCGAAAAAUAAAAUGGGUAAGAAAACGACAGUCGGUCAUUUUGCUAUCGGAUCCGACGUUGGUGGCCCUUAUGGCGAGCAAUGGAAACAGGCUCUGGCGAAACCAGGCCAGCAGAUAACGAAAUGGCAAUCAUUCGAGUAAAAAUGCAUUCGUCAAAAUAUAACUUUUUUCAUUCCGUUAUUCUUUCACUUGCCGGAGAUAAAUUUUUUAUGGUAUUCGUAAAAAAAAAAAAAAAAAAGAAAAAAUUGUAGAUAUAACGAUACAAAUAUGAAAUGUCUAUUUUAGUAUACUGAAAAUAUUAACCGUCCACUACAAAUAUAAUGUUUAAUAAGAAGAAUUCAAUUAAGUUUAUUUUGGUGA